AAUUUAAUACAUUUAUCCCAUUUAUGUCGCUGACCUUUCUUCUACGCCCAUCUCUCUCUCUACUCUCUCUCUCUCUCUCUCUCUCUUCCACACAGUCUUGGCCUACUUCCUUUUGGUGUAUUGGAGUAUAAGUAGGUAGCAAAAAAGACACAGUCUCGAUCAGAGAGCUGUCCGGCUGAUCUCUCUCAGUUGGGGAAAAAACAUGGGUCGAACUCCUUGCUGUGAUAAGGUCGGUUUGAAGAAAGGCCCUUGGACUCCCGAAGAAGACCAGAAGCUCUUGGCCUACAUUGACGAACACGGCCACGGCAGCUGGCGCGCCUUGCCUUCCAAAGCUGGGCUGCAGAGAUGUGGAAAGAGCUGCAGACUCAGAUGGACGAAUUAUCUCCGGCCUGAUAUCAAGAGAGGGAAGUUCAGUUUACAGGAAGAACAAACCAUCAUUCAACUCCAUGCUCUCCUGGGUAACAGGUGGUCAGCCAUAGCAACUCACUUGCCCAAAAGAACAGACAACGAGAUCAAAAACUACUGGAACACCCACCUCAAGAAACGCCUAACCAAAAUGGGUAUCGACCCGAUAACCCACAAGCCCAAAAACGAAGCCCUAUUGUCCAACGACGGCCAGUCGAAGAACGCCGCGAAUCUCAGCCACAUGGCCCAGUGGGAGAGCGCCCGGCUCGAAGCCGAAGCCAGACUCGUCCGCCAAUCAAAACUUCGUUCCAACUCACUUGGCUCGUCAGCUGCGCUGCAUGAGUUCGCACCGGCUUCAAACAAGCCGGUGGGCCCACCCACUCCAAGCACGCCACCAAGGUGUCUGGACAUACUGAAAGCCUGGAGUGGCGUUUGGGCUAAUAAGCCGAGCGAAGCCAGCGCCAGUGGACCACCGGCUUCGCUCGGCUGUGAUCUGGAGUCGUCGCCCACUUCCACGCUUAGCUACUCCGCGACGGGAAUCGGAGAGGGUACGACGUCGUUUAUUGAGUUCGUCGGCGGAAUUGGAAAAGAAGAAGGGGAGGAAAACUGGAAAGGAAUUCAAAAUUCUUCUGCUCAAUUGCUGGAUCAAUUCAAAGACGGAAUGGAGAACUCCGUUUCCUUCGAUACGUCACACGACAUGAUGAGCCACAUGGCCAUGACGUCAGUGGAAGACUCGUGGAAUCCGGAGUCGCUCGGGGGUGGUAACACUAACGGGAAUAAUCUUUACGGUGGCAGUUUCAUGAAGAGGUUUACGGAGCUUCUGGUGAACAGUUCCGGCGGCGACCGGAGUGUUUCCGACGGCGGCGGCAGCGGCGGAGGGGACUCCGACAGCGGCAGCGGCGAUUGUGGUGGUGGGAGUGGUGGUGAAUAUUGUGAAGACAACAAGAAUUACUGGAACAGUAUUCUUGAUUUGGUUAAUUCUUCCCCGUCUGAUUCACCCAUGUUCUAAAAUUCAACAUGUCGUCGUGUCAUAUUGUGUGAUAGUGAGUGCUCUCUCUCUCUCUCUCUCUCUCUCUCUCUCUCUCUCUCUCUCUCUCUCAUUAUACUGCUGAAGUAUUUUCUUUGUUCUGUGUAGCCAAGCAAAUCCGAAAUCGUUGGAGUCAACUCUUUUUUUUUUUUUUUUUUGUUCAUGUAUAAGUACUCCUAUAUUUAUCUCUCCACAAUUGUUCUUGAUGUAUCAACUCUAUGAGCGAUGUUU